AUGCCUUCCACUCGUCUUGAAUCCGUCUCGAACAAGGAGAACAUUAACCCAACAGGAUGUCAAGAAAAGCGGUCCUACAAGAAGGCACUCCCGUUCGUGGUGAUGCCCCUAUCCGCAAAAGUGAAGGAGAGCCAGUGUACAUGUACUCUGCGGAUUAGUCCUCAACAUACUGUUUGUGAUCAAGAUUCUCUGGGUAGCCUGGACAUCUUCGUGGCAUUGGAUGAUUCUCUAUUCUCACAAAGCGCUGAUAGGCGCGCCAAGGAAUUGACGGAAAGCCCGUUGGCUGAAGUGACAGAUGCAUUUACCUGUGUGUACUCCUGA